GGAACACUUUCAAUGUCAAAAUGCAAAUCUGAAGAAAAUUUCACAAACUACAUAUAUAAACGACAGGUUAUUUUCUUGCGCUGCAAGUGUAGACAACAAUUCGAUUAAUGUAAAAUGGUUCAAGCUCCCAAGGUCUUCGAUUAAAUAACCCUCGUUUAAAAAAAAUGAAAAUAUAUGUGUUGAUUUUCCUUGCAGUUUUGCUCGUGCUGGUGCCCGAGAUUUGUGGCAGUUACACCAAUUCCAGGUCAGAAAUAUCGCAUCAAGAUCCUCGUUUGGACGGUGUUUGGAAAUCGAAAGUACAAUGGAAAGCCCAUUGGGUCAAGCACUGGGAAGUCAAAAAGGUAUACGUACCGGUUUGGAAAAAGGUAUGGACUCCGGUAGAAACCCGAGAAUGGUUGCCUAUACCAAAAGUUCCAACGAAAUUCGGUUAGACCCAAUUAACUCGAGCACCACUCUUCUGGGGAACAUCUCCAUGUACAACUGUACACUUUACGCAUUGCUCUCGGUUCUAAAUACGAAACCCCAAAAGUAGUACAUAGCAGAUGCUCCAAAUUGGCUCGGCAAAAUGUGAUUUAUUCUCUAGUGAUAUUUUAUUUAAUUAUUUUUAUUUAUUAUGUGUAUUGUGUUCUUAUUGCCUACAAUUGUGGUUGUUUUCAAUAAAGUUGUUAUC